AUGCUCACAAUUCUGGCAACGUUGAUUGUUGCCACUUUCUCAGCGCCAAGUCAUCGCUUCUUGGAGCUGGAGUCGGAUCAUCCCGCCAAUCGGCGGUUCGAAAUUGAAGAGGGCUCGCAAUGGAGACAUGCGUCGGUGCAGGACCCCUGGAUUAAAGUGAGUUGCAAGAAGCUUGAGGGUAAAAGUUUGAGGGUAAAAUACGUCUUGUCUUUCGGACUUUUUUGCCAAAAAUCAAUAAAAAGAGGCAUAAUUUGGCCAACCUUUGAUCUAAAAUUCUCGGAUUUAAUAAAAUUUUUGCGGUUUAGUUUCGCUUCUAAAAUUUCACAAAGAAUCUCUGAACACGUAUUUUACAAUGACUCCAAUUUUUUCAAUUCAAGUUUGCAUCAAAUUCAAACUUUUCAGUUCUUCACUCAACGCGCUUUGGAGACGAUUGAGAGAGAAGAGAACGAUGGGAUUCGCCUUCUGAACGUCCAACUGAUCGACUCGAUUGUGGCGCCGACCGACAAUGGGCUCCAUUACAAACUGAGAUUUGUGGUGGGGAAGACGAAUUGUUUGACGGUAAGCUAAUCAUUUGAGCGUAUUUAGUUACGCAUUUUAAAAUUGAAUAUUUUGAAAGGGGUCCAUCACAUUAUUUACCUUAUUCUGCGCAACAUUUUCAGAAAAAAAUUUUUGCACUGUGCAGACGCAAAAAUAGGCUAAAAAAUGCUCCGCACAGUGCUAAAUUUAAAAAUUUGAUUUUUGCACUGUGCAGAGCCAAAAAUAGGCUUAAAAGUCAUCGGCACAGUGCAAUUUCAAAAGUUUUUUCUUUGCACUGUGCGGAAAACGAGGGAGUAGCCUCGAUGAGGAGAGCGGCCUUAGAGAAAAAAGAAGUUUUCUCGCGGUACCUUGAGCGAAUUUUGCAUGAUGAAAAUUGAUUUUUUUAUAAAAACGGAGUACGCAAAACGAGGAGAGAGGUCAUAGAGAAAAACAUUUUUUUUGGGCUAUAUCUUUGUCUAUUUCGAGCGGAAAAAAUAGAUUUUUUGUGGAGACAUUACCGUAUACGGUAGUUUGGGUGUGCACUGUGCACAAAUCAAUUUUUUUAAUUUAGCACUGUACAGACGCAAAAAAUAGGCUAAAAAAUGCUCUGCACCGUGCAAAAUCCAAACAUUUGAUUUUUGCACUGUGCAGAGCCAAAAAUAGGCUUAAAAGUGAUCGGAACAGUGCAAAUUCAAAAUUUUUUCCAUAGCACUAUGCAAAAUCAAAAAAAAAUUUUUUUGCACUGUGCACACACACAAAUAGACUAAAAAAUGCUCUGCACCGUGCAAAGUCCAAAUAUUUGAUUUUUGCACUGUGCACACUCAAAAAUAGGCUUAAAAGUCAUCGGCACAGUGCAAGUUCAAAACUUUUUUCUUCGCACUGUGCAAACUCAAAAAAAAAUUUUUUUGCGCUGUGCACAGCCACAAAUAGACUAAAAAAUGCUCUGCACCGUGCAAAGUCCAACCAUUUGAUUUUUGCAUUGUACAGACCCAAAAUUAGGUUUAAAAGUCAUCGGCACAGUGCAAAUUCAAAAUGUUAUUUUUUCCAACUUUCGACCUAAAACUCUUGGCCGUUUCUGCAGAUUUCUUCGAAAUCUGAGCUUCAAACAAUAUGAAACUCUAAGCACGUACUCUUCUGAUCGUUUUACUACAAUAAACUUUGUUUCAGAGCGACCUCAUCUGCGAUUAUUUGAACGUCGUUUCCCGCAAGGUCUAUGAAGCCGACAUCACCUACGACUAUGGCACACGUCAAGAAGAAGUCAGCGUGUGGCCUGAAGGCGACGAAAUCUUCUAA